AAUGCUAUUUGGUGUCCAGUCUGAGUAUGGACUAAAACAUGAACAGUUGAUUUCGACCACUACAGACAAUGGGUCUAAUUUCGUUAAGGCGUUCAGAGAAUUUGGUAUUGCUGAUUAUGUACCAGAUUUCUCAGGUCUUCAAGAUACGAUGGAAUUGGAUAAUUUGAGCACAAGUGACAUUUUAUAUGAAGAGGUGCUUUUAGUUAAUAAUUCCGAAGAACUUGAAACAAGGGGCUUGUAUUUACCACGACAUCUGAGAUGUGCCAGUCACACCCUAAGCCUGUUGGCCACAACAGACUUGAAUAAUUUCAUAAGAGGAGAUUCUCUUAUUAGCAGAAUCCAUUAUUCUGCUAUUGCCAAAUGCACCCUGCUCUGGAACAUGUCAAGGAGACCAAAGUCUGCAGAAAUAAUUAAAGAUCAUCUUGGGCAUCAGCUAUUAUACCCAUGCCCAACAAGGUGGAAUUCCCUGUACGACGCCAUUCUCCAUCUCAUGAAAAGCAAAACCACAUUGAAUGGUUUAUUUGAAAAGUUAGGCAAACCAAACACAUUCUCUGCAGUAGAAUUCGAAUACUUAGAAGAGUUUUUGGAGGUUUUAAAACCGAUCGCAUCAGCUCUUGACUAUCUUCAAGGAGAUAAUUGCUAUUAUGGUAAACUUUUACCCACAUUGAUGAGUGUUAAAACCAAACUGGAAAGACAACGAGACAGCAAUCUGCGCCACUUCCCUAGAGUUUUACCAAAACUACUAGAAAGUUUAGGAAACAGAUUUGAGAAAUUUCUCCAACUGACACCUGAGGCCAAUGAAGCGAUUCUGGCAGCAUGCUUCCACCCAGCGUACAAAAUGCGAUGGCUGCCAGAAUCCUGUCCAAUUGAAGACAAGCAAAGGUUACAAAACCUUGCGAUCACGACGUUAGAAUCUGCUUCAGAACUUCCUAGAAGUAGUAGUAGUUCGAGCAAGAAUGAAGACGAUGAUUUCAUCGUCUUCGCUGACUAUACACGUGAUAGGCCGGCCACGUCUAUGGAGUUAGAACUAGUGAGUUUUUUUAAUGAUAAGGGGAAAGACCUUAGUGUCCUUCAACGGUACCCAAACGUUAGAAAAAUGUUCAUCAAAUUUAAUACGAGCUUAUGCUCUUCCGGUCCAGUUGAAAGACUGUUUUCUUUGGCUGGAUUUAUUCAUUCGCCAACUAGACGGAACUUAUCCGACAACACUUUUAAGAAUUUAGUUUAUAUGAAGGGGAAUUCCGUUUUUAACUCAUAA